AUGGACACUAAUUCCAGCCCAUCACAACCACCGCCAUCGCCGUCGCCCUUGAAGCCCGUCAACACAACCACGGCGCCUACACCCACAGCUACACCCACAACACCUACCAGUUCAGGCUCACUGUAUCAUCUAUGCCGCUCCGUAUUGGACAAGCUAUCCACCAUUGAUGGCAUGCAAAUGUAUUUGGAACAAGACACCACAUCAGAUCCACUAUCCAAGCUGACAAAGAUUUGUCGUCAGGGAUUUCCGCUGUGCACGCUUUACAAUGCUUUGAAACCUGUCAAACCCCUGAGCGUUGACAGUGAUCCCAACUUGAACGCACUGAAUUCUUGCAAAGCCAAUGUCUAUCACUUUAUUGUUGCUUGUAUUCGUGAUUUGUCGAUUCCGGAGGAAGAAAUGUUUACCAUUUCAGAUCUCUUUCAGGACGAUACUACUGGUUUUGUCAAAGUCGUAAAUACCAUUAAUAAAUUGUUGCUUUUAUUGGAAAAUCGCGGUAUCAUCACCGUAAGAUCAUCCAAUAGAAAUUCAGACAACUCUGAUCCGAAUCCAAAAAACACACGCGAUAAGGUUGUUUUGGAGUUGUUGGAAACAGAACGCAAAUAUGUACAAGAUAUGGAAAUUCUUCAGAAUUACAUGCGUGAAUUGCAGACUCAAAAAAUCGUUUCUGCGGAUACCAUUCAUUACCUUUUUGGAAAUCUCAAUGCCCUGGUGGAUUUUCAGCGUCGCUUUCUGAUACAGCUGGAAGAAAUCGCAGAGAAAUCACCUGAGGAACAGCGCAUUGGACACCUGUUUAUCACGAUGGAGGAAUCAUUCUCUGUAUACGAACCUUAUUGCGCAAAUUACUAUUCAGCUCAGGAUUUGGUAGUGCAAGAAACACCUCGUUUGCAAAAGUUGGCCGAGAUUUUAAACCCCAUCUACGAAUUGCCUUCCAUGUUGAUCAAGCCGGUUCAACGUAUCUGUAAAUACCCUCUGUUGUUGCAAGAGCUGCUCAAGAGCACAGACAAAACCUGGCCUCAUUACCAAGAAACGCAAGCAAGCGUCGAUGCCAUCAAACGAGUAACUGAAAAGGUGAAUGAAACCCAACGCCAGCAUGAAAAUGUCCAAAAGGUGCAAGAGCUCAAAAAGAGACUUGAUGACUGGAAAGAAAUCCGCAUUGACGGCUACGGCAAUCUCAUGUUGCAAGACAAGCUCAUCAUCUCAACAAACGCCACUGAAAGCAAUGAACGUGAUCUGCACGUCUUCUUUUUUGAAAAAGCCCUUUUGUUCUGCAAAGAAUCAAAAGGCAACAAUCUUUUGCCCAAGAGCAAUACUCUCUCCAUCAACAAGAAGAAGCGACGUGGCAGUUUGGUGCCUAAAUACGUCUUCUAUACCUCCAACAUGGCUGAUAUGAACAGCAAGUGCUGCAAGAACGGUGUCUGGUGCCUUGUCGUUGAUCUCAAGAACAGUGAAUUGGAGCAAAUCUCUCUCAAAUUCAGAAAUGAAGAGCAAUUGAAGCUCUGGACAUGUACAUUGACGAAAGCCAUUCAAAAGGCUAUCGAUGUUGCAAAUGAAAACGACCAGUUACUAUCCAAUCAACUAUCUUCAACUUACACUGACGGUGAAGACGAAGAAGAAGGCGAAAAUGACUUCUUUGACGAUGAGGAAGAUGACUACCAUCAACAGCAUCAACAGCAACAGCAUCAACAGCAAAGAUCACGCAGCAGUUCCUUUAACCAGCAACCUAUGAUUCGCGGUAAAAUAGGUCCCAUUCAAACCGCUGCUGUUAGCCAAGAUAAGUACAACGUCGUAGGAAGACCUUAUCACAACGUACCUGGCAUGAACUUGUCGCCUUUACCUCGCUCAAAUUCAAGUCUGACUACCAGCAGUAUUUUAUCUACAUCACCUCCCUCUUUGCUUAAUUGCAACUAUUAUCCUGCUUCACCGCCUCCAUCUCACCCGUCAUCACCAACAAGCUCAUCUCGUGUUUCCAGUACUAGCACUAGUGCCGCUGCUUGGCAUCGUCAUGAUGGUCUGACAGACAUUGCAACCAACUUUUUAACAGGUGAUUACACUGCCGAGGAUUACCAUCAGCAUUAUCUAAUUCAACAACAAAAGCAACAACAACCUUUCCAUCAACAUUCACUCUUGAUUACAGGUCGCUCUCAGUCUCAAUCAGCAGCUGUAGCCCACCCUUCUACCUUAACAAGACCUACUUUGCCCAUCAAUCAAAACCGUCUUCGUUCUCAAAGUAGUCCUAACAUCAUGAAGAAUAAUGGGCCUGGUCAUACUGUUCCCAUGACCGCAUCUUCUUCUACAGCAACUACAAGCACUGAUUCAACAGCACCCGGUACCCCUACUAUGAGUGAGAUGCCUCAGUUGCCCACACGUUCAGCCAACAUGAAACCAACGCCAUUGGAUCUCUCACGCUCAUACCAUCAGCAUCAAGAAACAAUUAUUUCACCUCCACUACCCCCGCCCAUGAUGAGAUCAGUUGCCUCAACGCCCCGACUCAGUGAUAUUGCAAUGACCACUGGAGCUGCUCCUCCUUCUCCAGGCGCUAUCAAGAUUAAGCUCAACUUCAAUGAUGGCAUUUAUGUCAUUGUCACCAACCAUGAAGUUACAUUCUUUGAAUUGAUGGAAAAGGUCGACAAAAAGAUUCGCCUCGUUGCCAACCUAAAGUCAACUGAUCUCCUCAGACUCAAAUAUCAAGACGAAGAUUGCGACUUCAUUACAAUCAACUCUGAUGACGAUGUUCAGAUGGCUUUCGAAAGUCGUGGUAUCCACAACACUGUCAAUCUCUUUGUCAGUCUUUAA